AGAGCGAGAAGAGAAUGGCUGAGUCCGCUGCUGAGUAUAAAAGCGAGAAUGAAAGCGUGUGUAACAAACAGCCGUGUACGAGCAGUGAGAGCUGCAGCAACGAGGCAGAUUUAAUAAGAGAUAACACUUAAUCUUCAUAUAUUUCAGCAGCCUAAUAAUUACAUCUGACAAAACAAGCAAGAUGUCCUCUGCUAAAGGAAUUGCUAUUGGGAUUGACCUGGGCACCACCUACUCCUGUGUGGGGGUGUUUCAGCAUGGAAAGGUGGAGAUCAUUGCUAAUGACCAGGGAAACAGAACAACACCCAGCUACGUGGCCUUCACAGACACAGAGAGGCUCAUUGGAGAUGCUGCGAAAAACCAAGUGGCCAUGAACCCCAGCAACACAGUGUUUGAUGCCAAGAGGCUGAUUGGCCGGAAGUUUGACGACCCAGUCGUACAGUCCGACAUGAAGCAUUGGCCUUUCCAAGUGACCAGCGAUGGAGGCAAGCCGAAGGUUCAAGUCGAGUACAAAGGGGAGGAGAAGUCCUUUUACCCUGAAGAGAUCUCCUCCAUGGUUCUGGUGAAAAUGAAGGAAAUCGCAGAGGCCUAUCUUGGACAGAGGGUAACAAAUGCUGUUAUUACUGUUCCUGCCUACUUCAAUGACUCUCAGAGACAAGCCACUAAAGAUGCUGGAGUGAUUGCUGGAUUGAACGUCCUGAGGAUCAUCAACGAGCCCACAGCUGCGGCGAUCGCCUACGGCCUGGACAAAGGCAAGAAAGGAGAGCGCAAUGUCCUGAUCUUCGAUCUUGGAGGUGGUACCUUCGAUGUGUCUAUCCUGACCAUUGAAGAUGGCAUCUUUGAAGUGAAAGCCACAGCAGGAGACACUCACUUGGGUGGAGAGGACUUUGACAACCGCCUGGUCAACCACUUCGUGGAGGAGUUCAAGAGGAAGCACAAGAAGGACAUCAGCCAGAACAAGCGAGCCCUGAGGAGGCUGCGUACUGCCUGUGAGAGAGCCAAGAGAACCCUAUCCUCCAGCUCUCAAGCCAGCAUUGAAAUCGACUCGCUGUAUGAGGGCACUGACUUUUACACUUCUAUCACCAGAGCACGCUUUGAAGAGUUGUGUUCAGACCUGUUCAGAGGAACACUAGAGCCGGUGGAGAAAGCCUUGAGAGAUGCCAAGAUGGACAAGUCCCAGAUCCAUGAAAUUGUCCUGGUUGGAGGUUCUACAAGAAUCCCCAAGAUCCAAAAACUUCUGCAGGACUUCUUUAAUGGACGGGAACUGAACAAAAGCAUCAACCCAGACGAGGCGGUAGCUUACGGUGCUGCGGUUCAGGCUGCCAUCCUUAUGGGCGACACCUCUGGAAAUGUCCAGGACCUGUUGCUGCUGGAUGUGGCUCCACUGUCGCUGGGCAUUGAGACAGCAGGAGGAGUCAUGACCACUCUCAUCAAACGCAACACCACCAUCCCCACCAAGCAGACGCAAGUCUUCAGCACGUACGCAGACAACCAGCCUGGGGUUCUGAUCCAGGUGUAUGAGGGAGAGAGAGCCAUGACCAAAGACAACAACCUACUGGGGAAGUUUGAUCUGACGGGCAUCCCACCUGCACCACGUGGAGUUCCUCAGAUCGAAGUGACCUUUGACAUCGACGCCAACGGCAUUCUGAACGUGUCUGCUGUGGACAAAAGCACCGGCAAAGAGAACAAGAUCACCAUCACCAAUGACAAGGGCAGGCUGAGCAAGGAGGAGAUUGAGAGGAUGGUGCAGGAAGCAGAUAAGUACAAAGCAGAGGAUGACCAUCAGCGAGAGAAGAUUGCAGCCAAGAACUCCCUGGAGUCGUAUGCCUUUAACAUGAAAAACAGUGUGGAAGAUGAAAGCAUGAAAGGCAAAAUCAGUGAAGAGGACAAGAAGAAAGUGAUUGAGAGGUGUAACCAGGCCAUUACCUGGCUGGAGAACAACCAGCUGGCUGAAAAGGAGGAGUUCGAACAUGAGCUGAAGGAACUGGAGAAAGUCUGCAACCCCAUCAUCACUAAGCUGUACCAGGGAGGGAUGCCAGCUGGAAGCUGUGGAGCUCAGGCACGAUCCACUUCAGGAGCAAACACCCAGGGACCAACUAUUGAAGAAGUGGAUUAAAAAAAACUUAUAUGGACUUAAUAAAUGGACUUAUGACUAAAAGUUAAACUAUUCGCUGGAAAAUGUUUGGGUGAUAAUCCCAGCUAGUAUGAACCUCAUAUUAGAUUUAAUACUGUACCAAUUUUGGGCCAAUUAAACCUUGAUCUACAAAGAUCUAUGCUGUAGAUAUUGGUGUGUAUAUACACUUUUAUUUAUGUACUUUUAUUUUAUGUUAAUAAAAAUUUAUAUUACAUGGGAAAA